AUGGCCUGCUGUUUAUGUGCGAAAUACAUUCUUCUAUUUUUUAAUUUACUUAUAUGGUUAACUGGCGGUGCUUUUCUUAGCUGUGGAAUUCUUGUUUUAUAUAAACGUGAUCUACAUGAACUAUUUGCACUAUUAUCUUAUGAUUCACAACUUGUACCAUCGUUUCAUAAUGUUGGCUACGUAUUAAUUGGUGUUGGUGCACUUGUGUUUAUUGUGGGUUUACUUGGCUGCUGUGGUUCCGUGCGUGAAUCUCGACUUUUACUUGGACUUUACGUCUUUUUCAUUAUACUUGUCAUGGGUGGAGAACUUGCUGUAGCAAUGUAUACAGUAGUAUUAGGUGAUGAAUGGGAUAGAAGUUUACCAAAUACAUUAAAAAGUCGUCUUUCAACAUAUAACUAUACCGUUCCACAAAGAUUUGAAUACGAUUUGGAUAUCGUUCAGAAACAGUUUUCAUGUUGUGGUAUUCAUGGUCCAUCAGAUUUUCAUGAUAAUACUGAUUAUAAAAUAUAUGGUAAUCGUCUUCCGUCGUCCUGUUGCAAUAUUCUAUCGAAUGGUAUUUGCAAUGAAUCUGAUUCAUAUCGAUUAGGUUGUUUUCAAAUCAUAAAUGACAAUAUACAACUUUAUUCAAAAUUAAUUGUAACUGUUGGAGUUGGCAUUGCUUUACUUGAAUUAACUGCAUUAAUUAUGGCCGUAUGUGUUUGUCGAAAUACAACAGAAGAAGAUGAAUUUUAUUAA